AAAAGUGCCAGUGACUUAUAAUAAUUUGAUCUUUAAAUGAUCCUGUAGAAACUCCAUAAAAGAUCUCUGAAACCAUCAGUGAUCAACAGAUGUGCAGACUGCAGUUUGAUUCUGGUUUUAUUCUCUCCGGAGGCGUGUUUCUCUCAGGCCGAGGGUUCCCAGGUGAUAAAUUUAAAAGGUGACUUUAUGAUGGCGUAACGCCGAGGCUUAAAAUGAGGCCCGGCUGCAAGGAUGUUCCUUUCAGGACGGGAUUCGAGCAUGACGGUGUCCUACACUCUGGAGGUGGCCAACGCCCGCUUCGGCGGCUUCUCCAGGCUCCUCUUCAGGUGGAAGGGAAGCAUCUACCGGCUGCUGUACAAAGAGCUCCUGGUGUUUUGUGGAGUUUAUCUAUUUUUCAGCCUGUAUUACAGGUAAACGGUUCACUGUCCUUCAUUCAGUCCGUGCUGUCCUGCAGCACCUCUUAUUUCCCGCCCGCUCCGCAGAUUCAUCCUCAGCCCGAAGCAGCAGGAUCUGUUCGAGCGCGUCGCCCUGUACUGCGACCGCUUCACCAACAGCAGCUUCAUCCCCGUGCUGUUUGUGCUCGGUUUCUAUGUGACCACGGCCUUCAACCGCUGGUGGGGUCAGUACACCAGCUUCCCGCUGCCGGACAACCUGAUGAUGGUGGUCUCCGGGAACGUGCACGGGGCGGACCGGAGGGGCCGCCUGCUGCGGAGGACCCUCAUGAGAUACGCCAACCUGUCCUCGGUCCUCAUCCUCCGCUCCAUCAGCACCAGGGUUCACAAGCGCUUCCCAACCCUGGAGCACGUUGUGGAGGCCGGCUUCAUGACCACGGACGAGCUGAAAAAGUUCGAGUCUCUGCACUCUGACUUCAACAAGUACUGGAUGCCGCUGACCUGGUUCACCAACCUGGCGUCCAGGGCGAGGGAGGAGGGCCGAGUGAGGGACGACGUCGCUCUGAGGCUGCUGAUGGACGAGCUUAAUAAUUACAGAGCCAAGUGCAGCCUGCUGUUUCACUACGACUGGAUCAGCAUCCCUCUGGUUUACACGCAGGUAGUAACCAUCGCAGUCUACUCCUUUUUCGCCUUCUGUGUGAUUGGACGACAAUUCCUGAACCCUGAGAAGGGAUACAGCGAUCACAAGAUAGACAUGUACGUCCCCGUCUUCACCCUGCUGCAGUUCUUCUUCUACACCGGCUGGCUCAAGGUGGGAGAACUGAUCAUCAAUCCAUUUGGUGAGGAUGACGACGACUUUGAAACCAACCAGCUGAUUGACCGGAACAUCGAGGUGUCGAUGCUGGCCGUGGACGACAUGUACCAGAGCCUGGCUCCCAUCGUAGAGGACAAACACUGGAUGCAGAGGAAGUUCUCCGUCCCUUACACCGUGGCCACGGCCGCCGAGACCCUCAGACCAGCUUUCAAAGGAUCCACCUUCAACAUGAGGAUGAGUGUGGAGGACCUUGAGAUUUACCAGCCCACAGACCAGCAGUAUUUCCACGGUUCUCUGGCUGAUGGGCUGCAGCGCCUCCUGCAGAACGACGAGGGCGGCGCCCGACCCGCGGCGAAUGUCUCGUCACACCUGAACAGGGACGAUGAGGACGACGAAGCUGACUGUGACGUCCCCGGACAAGACAGAGGACUGAUCAAAGUUGUAGUGGAACGUUUCUAG